UUUCGCAAACCCACCCUCGUCGCCGGCCAUUCUCUUUGAGUCGCCCCGACCGACAACAAUCCCGAAUGAGGUGAUCAGGUGCGGGGUAUCGAAACAAUGGGAAAUGCAAGCACGAAAGAAUCACGCUCGGGGGAUGGUAGCAAUCGUAUCCAUCACCCCGGCUCCGCCGGCGCUCGCGACGCCGGGAGUGCUUCUCUUCAAUCCGACAGAGCAUCGAGCCGCAGGAACCGGGUUAGUCGCGGCGACUUGGGAGGGCUCUUAGGACUGGCAUCGGGUGGAGGUUCAAGCUCUCAGGCGGAAACGCCGCAUGAGCGCCGCGAGACCAAGCAGGAGCGGGAAGCACGAAGGCUGGAGAGGGAGCGCAUAGCGAGAAUCGCCGAGAGAGAGCGAAGCAUGAGAGAAGAACACGUCGAUGGCGGCUACUUGGUCACUAUGGGAACAUACUCGAGCCCAGAGGACUUCAACAAGCAGAUCGUCCGACAACUUCAGAUCGAGCGCAAACUGGCCCCCUUCUGGCGGGGGCUUAACGACUUCGAUGACCAAUGGACCGAGCCACAAAUCAUUGCUGCCGCACGAGGGCUACCGAUUCCUCCCGCCGACCAAACCCCCCCCGAUGACCUCAUUCCGCGCCCACUUCCAACGACUCAUGCGCCCGAAUCAAGUCAGAAUCCGGAUAACCUGACUGUACCGAUCGGCGACCGCUCCCUGUCAACUGCCUCCGACCACGCCACGUCCAAUCCGCCCUCUACGCUGUCAUCACCUGUCUCCAGCCACGCCCCAAGGGCAAGCUCCCCAUUCAAGCCUCGCGGCAAAGCUAUUGCCGCCGUUCUCGGUGGAGGAAACUCUCGUAACGGAUCCAGUACCGAUAUCAUGCCCCGCGAGAUCAACCUCCCACAUGAUCCUUUCGUCAACGGACAGCCGAUCGAAGUCUUUCUAUACAAGAACGCCAUCGAGUGCCCCAUCUGUUUCUUGGCUUACCCGCCCUAUCUGAACCAUACCCGCUGCUGCAACCAGCCUAUAUGCAGCGAAUGCUUCGUUCAGAUCAAGCGGCCAGACCCGCACUUCCCGGAGGGACACAACGAGAAUGAUCCCAACCACGACCCUGAGGAAAGUGCAUGCCUCCUAGUAUCCGAGCCUGCGUGCUGUCCGUACUGCACACAACCCGACUUUGGUGUGACAUACGAUCCACCUCCCUUCCGGCGCGGCUUGGUAUACAGCAUGUCUCCGGCUGCGUUGGGAACCACGAGCGCCGCCAUGUCUUCGAGCAGCUCGGUAAAUUCGGCUACCCUGUCACCAGCCAGCGGAUCCCCUAAUAAUGGGACCGGCCGCCGACGCAACCAGUCUGUGUCUGCCAACGACCCCAAUGUCGUUCUAACAGAUCGGAUUCGGCCGGAGUGGGCAUCAAAGCUGCAGGCGGCACGGGCGCAUCUAGCAAGGAGGGCUGCCGCUGCAACUGCGUUGCACACGGCGGCGUUCCUUAUAGGCGGCUCCGAGAACCGGGCAUUCCGUAGUCGAUUCAGCCGGAGGAACACAGGGGGGUCUGGGUCUGCAGGUGCGUCGCCUAGUGGCCCGAACCAGGGAGAGGGCGAGAAUGGGGAUAGUGGAUCCGGAACUCCUUCACAGAAUGGCCCUGAUCAGAACCCUCGGGGAUCUAGUCGUGGCUGGUCGGGCGGUGGUGCUGGCGGGAGCCGCCGCAGUCGCCUUGAAGACCUCGAGGAGUUGAUGCUAGCUGAGGCCGUCCGCUUGUCGCUUGCCGCCGAAGAGGAGCGCAAGCGGAAGGCAGAAAAGGAGGAGCGAAAAGAAGCGAAGAAGCGGGGAAAAGAGGAGCGCAAGGCGGCCAAGGCGGCUGCAAAGCACGCCGGACCUUAUGAGGGCGCCGGCAGUGGUCAAACAUCGGCCAGUGGCAGUGCCCUCAGUCUGCCUGGCCUUGGUUUUGGAAGGAGGCGGGGUAAUAGUGGUGCCAGUAAUCUGCGGAUUGAAGCCAGCGUUGCCAAUGCGAUGGUCACAGGCGAGUCUCCGGAAGCGGGCCAGAAGGAUAAAGGAAAGGGCGUCGACCGCGGCGCCCCCGCGCACACCGAGAGCGCCCCUGCGUCUACUUCUGAUCCAGCGGGUGCGGCUGGCACCUCAGGUCCUCCCCCAGUUCCGCACCUCCCCGCAGGCCCGUCGCACCUUCGACAAAUGAGCAAUGCCUCCUCUGUCUCCUCAUCCAUACUUGACAGCCAGCACGGCAGCUUUACCUCGCCCUCCCAUCUCCAGGAUCCCCGCGGCAGUGGUGUCAGUCUAGGGAGCCGGUCAGGUGCUAGCGAAGAUGGUGACCAGGACCGAGAUCGGGAUCGUAGCGCCAGCACGGAGCCAAUAUUCAACUUCAGGAGCCUGGCAGAGGUGGUUGGUGUUAGUCUGGAAGGGGAAAACGCCGGCAGACGUCUUCGCCUCACUGAAGCCGAGAAAAAGGCAGGGGAGUCCGGGGAGAUGGGACCGCAAAAAGGCGACGGGGAUGGCGAUGGUGUGAACGUAACACCACCGGCUGAUGUCCCGGGUAGCCGCCUGACGCCGCCGGCAGGGGCGGCGGCGAGCAGUGCUUAUAAAGAUUUGGAAGAGGACAUACCAGAUGUCCAGAAGAACACUCCUAGAGCCCCCGACGCAUUAUUUCCGCCUACGGUCACUAUUACACCCGACACGCCCACUGCCGCCGGUGCUGAUGAAGAGUCAAAGCAGCUUGGUUGCGAGACUACCAUGGAGCAUGAGCCUCGGGCGACGGCACCCAGUAGCGGCAUCGACGGUCUCUAUAAUGGGGAUGGGGUGACGGCGUGAUUCGUUCUCAUUCCGACAGACCAGGGGAGAAGCCACCAGUGAGGAACGCCUGGGUGGCAAGAUGUUUUUCUCUCACCUGCGUCGGUGGAAGCAUCGGCGGGGUACCAGUCUAUGGGUGUAUGGUUCAUGCGGGAUUGUAUCGAGAUGUUGUGGCAAGACUCAGCGGGCCUAGGCUGGGCGGAGUCUCGGUUUUCUUUUUUCUGUUUUCUCAAUCCAACCCCCCCACCCCUGUCAAAGUAUCCAUAUCUCCAUUUGUUUAUCUCCUCUU